AUGUCAAAGGUUGCCCCUGUAAUUGCGCUAUCCCAUGGCGGUGGCCCGAUGCCUGUUCUUGGCGACCCUAGACAUGAAAGCAUUGUCUACUCCCUAAAGAACCGCGUCCCCAAGAUCCUCAAGCUUGGCACCCCAGAUCAACCCCGAGCCAUCAUCCUUGUCACCGCCCACUGGUCAACUGCAAAGCCCACCAUCUCAUCAGGCGCAUCUCAUAAGUUACUCUACGACUACUAUGGGUUCCCUCGUGAAUCAUACUCUCUCAAGUACCCAGCACCUGGACACCCAGAGAUCGCAAACGAGAUCGCCGAUGCUCUGCGCGGAGAAGGUCUUACACCUGAAUUGGAUGACGAGCGAGGAUGGGAUCACGGAGUCUUUAUUCCGCUCCUGCUCGUCAAUCCCAAGGCCGACAUCCCCAUAGUCCAGGUCUCGGUUCUUGAGUCAGAAGAUCCUGAGGAACAUCUCCGCAUGGGCGCAGCACUGCGAAAACUGCGAGCCAAUAAUAUCGCCGUCGUUGGCUCAGGAUUUGCAAGCUUCCAUAACAUUCGCGCCAUGAUGAUGCUGGGUAGCUCAGGGCCUGAACAGCAAGCGCAAUUCCGAACCUUGUCUGAUGAAUGGAACAACACAUUGACUGAGGCGGCGCUCAAGAAGGAUACAGAUGAGCGGUGGAAGGCUCUCAAGGGUUGGAGGAAAUUCCCCUAUGCUGAUAUGAUGCACCCGCCUAAUGGAGGUGAGCACUUUAUGCCAUUGCUUGUGUGCGCGGGAGCAGCAAGGGAGGGAGAAGAGACGAGAAAGUAUAACGAUGAGUAUGUUGGAGUCGAAAUUAGUACAUUCUACUGGGGAUCGGAGGAAGAGAGCAAAUUGUAA